GCUAAGCCUUGCUGCAUUGAGGCAUAAAGUUUGUUUUUAUUCAAACUUGAGCAGUUUUCUAGUUGUUCUGCUGAGGUAGUGACAUCAGUUUGUGACAUCAUGCACACUGACGUCACAAAGAGUGACGCUCACUUUGUGGAGCUAGGCUGCGUCAAUCAUCAUAACCAUUGCAGAAGAGAGAGAGAGAGCAAGUAGAAGGAUUGUCUAGUAACAAGAGAUUGAAAACGAAGGCUUUUCAAGAUAAAACGGCAAAUCUAACAAACAAAUAAAGGAAAACAUUAAGCAGAUUUUGGAUUUGUCCAGACAAAAUAGGAUCAACAAUGAGUCAGAGCAAUAAGGCAUCGCCUUCUGAUUCUGUUAAUGAAAAAGUACAACUAGCUAGAGAGACACAGAGGCUCCAUGAUCUCUUGAAAGAAGUGAACAUGAUGUCAACUGAGAGACAGUCACUGAUUAGAGCAAACGAGGACCUCAAGAUUCAAGUUGUAAACAUGGAAAAAGCUGCACUUGAAAAAGACAAACUGCUUUUGGAGAAAGACGAGGAAUUAAAAAAACUGCUCGACAGAAACAGAAGUUUAAAGGAGGAUAACACCAUACUGAAGCAGGAAAACACCUCCCUGGGGCAAAGGAACACAGACUUGGAGCAGAAAAACACCGAUCUGGAGCAACAAAAAGUAUCUACAAUGAGUCAGCGCAAUAUAGCGUCAUUUUCUGAUUCUAGGAAUGAAAAAAUACAACAGAGUUUAGCUAGAGAGACACAGAAGCUCCAUGGCAUCUUGAAAGAAGUUAACAUGAUGUCCAUUGAGAGACAGUCUCUGAUUAAUGCAAAUGAGGACCUGAAGGUUCAAGUCAUGAACAUAGAAACAGCUGCACAUGAAAUACACAAGCUGCUUCAAAAGAAAGAAGAGGGAUUAAAAAAACUGUUCGAUGUAAACGGAACUUUAAAGGCAAAAAACACCACCCUGGAGCAGGAAAACACAGUCUUAGACCAGAAAAUUUCCACCCUGGAGCAGAAAAACACUGCCCUGAAGCUUAAAAGCACCGCCCUUGAGCAGAAAAGUAAUAUUCUGCAGAAAGAAAAGACUGCCUUGGAGCAGGAAAACACCAUCUUGAACCAGAGAAUCACCACCCUUGAAGAACAAAACACCGCCCUGGAGCAGGAAAGUGACACCUUAGAAGAGGAAAACAUCGCUUUCCUGCACAGUAUCCCUUUUUUGGAGGCGAUAAAUCGCGUCCUGGAGCAGAGAAACCAAGACUUGGAUCGGGAAAACACCAUUUUCGAGCAAGAAAACAACAAGCUGCAUCAGGAGAUUAUCGAGCUGAAUCUGAGAAGAAGGACCCUGGAGUAUGAAAAAUCCGUCCUGAUGCUGUCAAUCACUUCUCUGGAGGUGAAAAGCACCAGCCUGGAGCAGAAGAGCGCAAACUUAGAGGAGGAAAACAGUACCCUAACAAAGGAAAACAUCGCCCUGAGGCAAAAACACACUGCCUUGGAGGAGGAAAAGAGCGCCCUGGAGCAGGAAAAUACCGACCUGGAGCAGGAAAACACCGACCUGGAGCAGGAAAACACCGACCUGCAGCUUGAAGUGGAACAGCUGAACAAAAGGCUGAGGGACAGAGUGGAACAGCAGAACCAGCAGCCAUUUGAAGAGGAGACCCACGAAGGCAGCCAGUCAGUUUCAGACCAGCCACAGAGGCAGCCGUCGGUAUUCAGACGUGUCAUCAAUAUACUUCUAUGUGCCAAAGAGGCAUUCUAAGGCACUGGCUUGAAAGAUGGUACCUCUAAAUAAAGAAGUGUCAUGAGGGCUCCAAGUUUAUGCUUGAUUAUAUGUGGCAGAAAAGCUUGAGGACAACAGGACUGCGGUGUCAGGGGAGCUUGACACUUGGGGGCCGUUGGCGGAAGAGAUUAACGCUUGAAAGUUGUUGGCAGGAGAGGCAGGGCUUCCUAGCGAGGCCCCUGACCUUCAGGGCUUCCUAGUGAGUCUCGUUGGUCUCCAAGCUGACCUCCAGGGCUUCCUAGUGAGGCCCGUUGGUCUUCGGGCUGACCUUCAGGGCUUCCUAGUGAGGCACGUUGGUCUCCUGGCUGACCUUCAGGGCUUCCUAAAAAGCCCUGUUGGUCUCCCAACCUGACUCCAGGGCUUUAUAACGAGUCCCGUUGGUCUCCAAGCUGACCUCCAGGGCUUCAUGGCAAGUCCUGUCAGUCUCCCGGCCUGCCUCCAGGGCUUCAUAGGCAGUCUCAUUGGUCUCCUGCCUGACCUAAAGGGCUUCCUGGCGAGUUCUGGUGUUCUUGCAGCCUGCCUCCAGGACUUCAUAGCGAGUCCUGUUGGUACCAAGGUACUUGCUCCGCCAAGGUUUCUACUCUGCCGCCGGCAUCCUCCUAGGUUUCUGCGCCGCCACUGAUGUCCUCCAAGGCUGCUGUUCCGCUGGCAUCCUCCUCAGAUUCUUUUGGUGUUCCUUAGUUGUUUUCAUUUAAUUCUGCCUUGCUUUUCCACAUCUGUACUUCAUUGGUGAUUCUAAUUAUGUUUAUUUCUUGUUUCUAGUUAUUUUUGUUUGUCCUAAUUAGGUUCCUUUGGUUUACUAACUCCUUUGUGUUUGUAAUUUGGUUAUUUUCCCUUGUGAUCCUCCAGCAGUUGGAAAAUAAGGGAAUCUAAAAUGAUUGAUUGUAUAUUGUGAAUGUAAAGACAUAUUUUUCUAAAAUUAGCCUUAUUUUAUAUAAUAUAAUAAUUUAUAUAUAUAUGAUAUUUCAAUAGUCAAAAUACGCAGUAUUUUAUUUCACGGCACAGGAAUGUUAGUUUAAUAAAUAGAUGUAUUGUAAAACAUAAUUAUAGCACACAAGGUAAAGGAUUCAUAUGUUAAGGUAAAAGGUUAGAACAACACUGUUUGAGUUACUGAUGGUAUUUUAUUUGUAUAUUUUGUAGCUCUUACAGUGUGUUCACAUACAAAGGCUGUUGAAUAAAGGACUGUGAACCAUCA